GGACUGGAUGCCAAUUUCGUCAAAGGCGUGAAGUGGAGCCCCGAUGGAACCUGCCUGUUGAGCAGCAGCAAUGACAAUAUCCUUCGAGUGUUUGACAAACCUCCCACCGUAGGCUACGAGGAUGCCACUUCCAGCAACGAUGAUGGCGAUUCCAGGCUCCCCGAAGCGCUAGCCAUCAAAGAACCUGAAUGCGUCUACGACACCACCUGGUUCCCCGGCAUGACCUCCUCCGACCCCACCACCUGCGUCUUCCUCAGCUCCGUACGCGAGCACUCCAUCCGCCUCUGGGACGCCUAUACCGGCGCACUCCGCUGCUCCUACGUCCCCUUCGACCAUCUCGACCAGGUGCAAGCGCCCAACUCUCUCACCUUCAACCUCGACGGAUCCAAAAUAUACGCGGGGUUCACUAACCACAUCCAGAUAUUCGCGACAGAUAGGCCGGGGAGAGAUAGUCGAAGAGUGGCGACCUCGCCGUCCAAGAAGAGCAGGGAGGGCCAGAAGGGCUUGGUUUCGACGAUCGCAUUCAACCCGGAUCGGAGUGGGUUGUAUGCGUGUGGGUCGUAUGCGGGCACGGUUGGGUUGUAUGAUGAGCGGAAUAAUGAGUUGUUGGAUCUGUUGUGUCCCGCUGCGAAGACAUUGAAAAGCCAGGGAGGCGGGGCGGGCUUCACACAGGUGGAAUUCUCCCCCUGCGGCACCUACCUCUACGCGGCCGCCCGCAAAAGCAGCCACAUCCUCUGCUGGGACGUGCGCAAAUCCGCCGAGGUGCUCCGCACCUUCUCACGAGCGGGCAACACGAACCAGCGGAUGUCUUUUAGCCUCGGCGAGGGCGGGCGAUGGCUGGCGAGCGGGGAUACCGAGGGGUAUGUGGUUGUGUUCGAUACAGGCACGGGCGGGGUUGUGAGCAGGUACAAGGGGCAUGAAGAUGUGGUGUCGGCGUGCGGGUUUCAUCCGAGUUUGCCGGUGCUUGCGACGUCGUCGGGGCAGAGGAGG